AUGCCGACUUUCUUACGCAGCUACAUUCCCGACAAACCAAUGCUUCUAGAGAAAGAUAUUAAUAGCUUGAAAGAUAAAGUCUUCAUAAUAACUGGAGGAAGUGGAGGCAUCGGUCUUGAACUGGCCAAGAUCCUAUACCACGCAAACGCCUCGAGAAUUUAUCUUUUAUCACGAUCCAGACAAUCUGGUGAUGCAGCAAUUGCUGCCAUCACGAGCUCUGAGCCUCCCCCCGAGAUGGAACGGCGUUCUGCGGCAGCAACGGACGCUGUUCGUUUCAUACCACUUGAUCUCGGAGAUCUCAACAAUGUCAAGGAAGCGGCCAAAUUAUUUUUGCAACUCGAGACACGCCUAGACGUUAUAUGGCAUAACGCUGCCGUGAUGCUUGCUCCAGAAGGAAGCGUAAGCAAUCAGGGUUACGAACUUACUUUUGCAACCAAUGUCUUCGGGCCCUUUUUACUCCAGCAUUUCCUUACACCCAUCAUGCUGCAAACGGCUCGAGGUCCCGCGACCCCCAAAGGUUCCGUUCGCGUCUGCUGGGCUGCCUCUGGAGCGGCUGUGGCGCCUCCAGGGGAUGAUGGCAUAGUCUGGGACAAUUGGCAACUGAGCUCUGUCGAUUAUGGGGGCUUUCAAGGCCGUACUAGUAGAUACAUGCAAAGCAAGGCGGCGAACGUUAUUCUGGCGGCCGAGAUGGCAAAGGUGUAUCCGGAGAUCAUCAGCUGUGCGUUCAAUCCUGGGGCCAUCAAAACGGAUAUUGCUCGCCACGCACCAUGGUUCUUGCGAGUUUUACACAUCUUCAUGUCUCGACCGGUGCGAUUCGGCGCACUGACGGAGCUUUAUGCUGGAUUCUCAGACGAAGUCGCCAAGAAAAACGGAUGCUUCGUUGUCCCCUUUGGUCAGAUUGGUUCUACAUGCUCAAAAGUCGAGGCCGGAAUCUCCGAAAGGAAUUCGGGCGAGAGACUUUGGGCCCUGUGCGAUGAGCACGUCCGGGAGUAUUAUUAA